AUUCGAACAGCGGACUACUCAGGUUGGAUGAGCAAGAGAGGGAACUUGUCAAUAGGUUCAUGGAAACAAAGAUAUUUCACACUUCACAAAACGAGAUUGUCCUAUUUUGGUUCGUUGAAAGACAGGCGCGAAAAAGGGCUUAUCGAUAUAACCGCCCACAGAGUUUUGCCUGCAGUUGAUACCGAGGACAAACUCAGCACUGUGUACGCAGCAACUACUGGCUCUGGAAGAUAUUGUUUCAAAUUGGUUCCGCCGGCCCCAGGAUCAAAGAAAGGACUCACUUUCACACAGCAAAAGGUUCAUUACUUUGCCGUCGAAACCAAGGAUGAAAUGAGAGGAUGGAUGGCUGCUUUGAUGAAAGCAACAAUUGAACUUGACGAGUCAGUUCCUGCAAUUUCUUCGUGCGUGACCCCUACAAUCCCGCUUCAAAAAGCUCAA